UUGUCUCUUCCGUGUUUUGCUGUAAGACGGCUAAGGCGUUCAGGUUGCGAGGGGCAACAGGCUGGUGGGAGCUUCUGGACUAUUGUGUGCUGGAGCAGCCAUCUGCCCCAUGAUCCCUGGCUCUCACUGCUUGGUAGUGAACUGUAACCAUGACGUUAUCCUUUGGAAUUAACAGGCUUGCUCUGGCCUACUCCAUGACCACAUUAGGAGCCGGAAUGAUGAAUCAUAUAUUCAACUUUUAUUACGUGAAGUUGUUUCUUAACCGCUACAAAAUAUCCGAGGGAGCUUUUCAUCAAGCUCAGGUUGUGUUCAUGAUCUGGAAUGCCAUCAAUGAUCCUUUAUUUGGGUACAUACAAGAUAAUUCAAAGUCAGGCCUCUGCUCUAUACGCCGCAGGUCCAUCUUAUUUGGAGCACCAUUUUAUGCAUUGGCCUUCCUAAUACCCUGGUUUCCCUGGAAAGUGUACACAGAAGGUGAAUGGCUUAGUGGCAUCCAUCUUGUUGUAGCACUGUGUAUUUUUGAUGGCAUGCUCACUUUUGUUCUGCUUGCCCAAUGUGCCCUAUUUACUGAGAUUUCAACAAAGCAUGAGAGCCGUGUUCAGCUCAUUAAAUAUAACCAGGUAGCUUCACUGCUGGGCUCCUCAAGCAUCCUCUUUUGUGGACUUGUAUCUGAUAACAUGGAGAACAUCCCAAGAUUUCAGACCUUCGCCGUAUGCUUGGCAGUACUCUCUACUGCAUGCAUGUGUUAUACAGGUUUGUUUGGAGUGAGCCAGUACGAACAUAAGGUUCUGGAGAGCAACAGCCGGUCAGAUACUUCACUCUCCUGGACCUCUGUGCUAACACUCACUAAGGAGAUCCUCACCCAAAAAAACUUUUUGCUAUUUGUGUCUAUGAACUUUUUUCAAGUUUUUCAUGCCACUUUUUGCAGUAACUUCAUGAUGAUAUUCGCUGAUAACCUAAUUCCCAAAGAUGCCCUUCCUUCCUUUGUAAAAAGCAUCAUGUAUGGAGCUGGAUCUAUCUUUCCUCAGUUUCUUGUACUGAUCAGUCACUCAUUACUGCUGAACGUUGGUUACUACAGGGUGAUCCUGUGGGCUUUCUAUGUGGAAGUCAUUUCAGCAUUUCUGAUGCUUUUAAUAGGACCUCAGCAUUACUAUAUUCUAGCUACAUUCCUUGUCACUAACAUGGUGUUAGUGUAUGCCUCCUUUAGUUUAUUCAAUCUGCCACUUGCUGAUGUUGUGGAUGCUGAUUUGGCUAAGUACAAGCGCAAGUCUCCUUUGUCUUCCAUGGUGUUUGGAACAAAUGCUCUAUUUACAAAGCCUGCUCAGUCACUGGCACCCAUGUUUGUCGUCACUGUACUCAAUCAGUAUGGAUAUGAACAUCUAAGCAGCAAAGCUGGCCAGCCAGAUCCCAAUCUGUUUCUAGGUCUCCAUGAUGUAAUGUUCUAUAUGACAUGUUUGGUUCCUCUCUGUAUAGCCGUUAUACAGAUCAUCAUAUGGACUCCAUACUCUAUCCGGAGCAGUCAUGUUACAGAUUCGUACUGAGAGACUGAAGUAAUAGUUUUAUUAAGUUAUAUUACUAAGCACAAUUUAAUGGGAAAAACUUGGUGCCUUUUGAUUAUUAUUUCUGUUUAUUUGUAUUAACUGCCUGUUAAUCAGUUUCUGACUAUAUUUUAUAUCUUGCUCUGCCUGCCAAAUUUUAGAGAAAGC